GGGUUCUGUUGAACGCUGCGGUCGCAUUGAUCUUGGUCGCUCGCUACUAUUUUGUCAGCUUCUGCAUUCUCGUCGUUCUUUGCGGGCGGCGCUGCGCAUGCGAAAGAAGGGCGCGUAAAGAAAGUGCAAGUGCAAUCACAAGGCGUAGUUUAGAGAAUAACGGAAUUAUAAAACACAACAAUCAACAAUAGCAUUUAAGCAAGCCCAUCAAAGUGCUGCAUAAAAGUAGUAACGCGAUUGCAGGCAGUUCAAGUAGUGCAAAUAUUUAAAAAAAAAUUCGAAAAGCUUCUGUUUGGUUUUUGUGCGCUGACAGCAAUAUUUAGCCGAUAUUUUAACUUGUCACUUGCGCAAUUUCCAUUUUACCCGCCUCUGACGAAAAAUCAGAUUUUUGUUUAUUUUACAUUAUUGAUUGCCGGGUUCUCAUUUACGCAACUUGGCUACCAACGCCGACGCUUAUCAGCCAGGCAAAGGCAGCGUUCGAUAGCCACUAAGCCAGGGUAAAUAGAAUUCCGAGACCCGAGUCCAUUAGCGUAUGCCCAAAAAAGGCACAUUUCUUCGUUAUUUAUUGCAUUUUAAAUAUUUGGACUGCCGAACUGAUAAAAAUAUGCCCACACGCAUCGACAGCAAGGUGCAGUAGAGCCACACCCACGCUUCCGCCCACCAUGAGUAGCCUGCGGACCGCAAAUGUCUGCGACACGACGCCGCUGCAGCGCUUUGAGAGCCAAAGCAGCAGCGGCGAGGAGCCAUCUUCGCCAACCGCGGCGAGUAUUAUAGCAGCCGCCGCAGCAGCAGCAGCAGCGUCCACCUCCAACUCCCCACAUCGACACCAACACCAACACUCCCCCCACAACAACAACAACAAUAUCAACAACAAUGUAAAAGUUGAUUUACAGCUGCCACCGUUUGUUGGGGCUGCCGCGGGGGCAGUGGGUGGAGUGGGCGGAGGCGGCACUGGAACGAUUGUCACAAUGCCGCGCGCUCGCGGCACAGCUCACAUCUUUGGACGCAUCGUCAUGGACCUGAGCCUGCUUAGCUGCGGUGAGUUUCAGCCUCGACGAAAGCAACACAAAAGAGAAACUCAACUUGAGCUUAGAUCCCUUAAUAUAUUUGGCUUGACUAUGUUGGCCUUCUCGUUGUGGUGUGAACCGAUCAGGCGCGGAUUCUUCUGCGGUGAUCUCUCAUUGAUGCAUCCCUACAAGGAAUCGACUAUACGCAGCUGGAUGCUGUAUCUGAUGUGUGCAGCGCUGCCCGUUUCUGUGAUUUUACUGGUUGAAUUCUACAGGGCACAGGACAAGCCCAAGUAUGCCCACGGCCAGAUUGGCAGCGGCUACUAUCUGUGCCACAUGGAGCUACCGCAGUGGGUGCUGCAAUGCUAUCGCAAGAUUGGCGCCUUUGUGUUCGGCCUGGGAGUGGAGCAGCUUACCACGGACAUAGCCAAGUAUGCCAUUGGUCGACUGCGGCCGCACUUCUUUGCCCUCUGCCAGCCAGUGCUCCGUGACGGCACCAGCUGUAAUGAUGCCAUCAAUGCAGGUCGCUUUAUCGAGGACUUUCAGUGCACGGCCUCCAGCAUGAGCGCCAAGAGAUUGAAGGACAUGCAUCUCUCCUUCCCCAGUGGCCAUGCCAGCUUUGCAUGUUACUCCAUGGUCUACCUGGUGAUCUAUUUGCAGCGUCGCAUGCACUGGUCGCGCCUCAAAAUGUUGCGCCACCUGCUGCAGUUCCUGCUGCUCAUGUUCGCCUGGUACACGGCGCUGACGCGCGUCUCCGACUACAAGCACCACUGGUCGGAUGUGCUGGCCGGUGGCGCCAUUGGCCUCACCUAUGCCCUGGUGGUGACGUCGAUCAUUUGGUAGACUGGAACAUCUCUCAUCGAAACCCACCGCCUUCGGUCUUUGCUUUCAAAUUCUUCGUGCACAGAUUUCGGAAGUUUUUAGCCAUCGUCUCUAUUUGAACAACUAUUUGAUCAGCUAUAUCAACUAAUGUACAUAUGCUACUUAUGUACAAUGUACACUGUCUUGUGUCUUGUGUGUGUUUGACUUUAGUUUAACUUAAUAAAAAUUUGCUAGUGUAUGUGUGUCCAAAA